AUAUAUAUAAAGACUAGAUGUCUUCCGGCGGAGUCUAGAACGUCAUCACUGGCGGCCAUCUUGCCACAGGCAGGCUUUCUGGAAGGAUCUGUGGUACCUGAGGGAGGGUUCCUCUCUGUCCUGGGCUACAUCAUAAACAUUGACACGUUGCUGGCGAUGGUUCCUGUGCUGAUUGAAGGACAGCGAUAUGUCUUGACCUACAGAUUCAGCAAGGACCACUUGGAACUGCUCUUUAACUCCAUCAGAGCAUCCGGUGGCUGGAAUAACAACCCUAAUGCCAGCCAGUUCAAGUAGUUGUUAAACCAUGCCGAGGCAAUGUGACAACGCAGGAUGAGACAGAGUCCCUACCAGCGGUCAUCGACACCUCUACAAGCCUAUCGGCUGUAGAUAUGUCCUUUGCAGCAGGAGGAGAAGAAGAUCUUCCAUCCCCGUUUGCUGACAUUCCUGCCCUAGUACAUGACCACAGCUACCUUCCCAUCCGCUUCGAUGGUCUUGUGGACAACGCUCUUGUGUACAUUUCCGGACUUGGUGUGCGAAGGGCUCUGAAGAAGCUGUCCUGUGAUGUCUGCCGUGCCAGCCUGGUGACAGAGGCUGCAUCUGCCAUCAAGGACCAGAGCUACCACCUGUUGUCUCUAAGAAACAAUGGAGGCCUGGUGAUUCCAUCAGAGGGCACAGUGAAGGUCGUCAGGGCAGCAGAGUGGGUCAUUCGCCAGGCGUCAUCGAGUUUCGGACGAUCACGGCCCAUCAAACUGCUGGAGGUCAUGUACAUUGUACGGAAGAGGAUCGGGUCAGAGGAUGUGUUUGUGCUUGGGGAGCACAUCGUCGACACGCAGUAUGGCAUAGACAGCCACCACCAAACGCUGCUGACAUUAGUUGUGUCAGUGUUUUUUAAAAUAAGGCUACACCACAUCGCUAAAAUUACUACACUGAACUUACAGAGCAACAACAUGCGACAGCAGCUGAAUAAAACAGUCCUUUUCAAAGGGCAUUAGCCAAAUGUUACCACGGUUUUACCACGUCUCAGUCAGACAGGAAAUAGAAAAAAUAAUGUUCACAAACUUGAUGCGACUCACCUAAGAAUCACCAUUAUCAUAUCAUAUCAGCGUUUUAGGGAUAUAUCACCAGCCUCUUCAGAGGUUAGUAAAUAUUAUAGAUUUUCAAUUGAUUUCACUGUUUUUUUUGUAAUUUGUUAUGUCGGUCCUCCAUCUGUAUACCUCCGAAGUAGUCUAGUUCUCUCUAGAGGGUGGGAAUUUUCAACAUGCAGCAUUUCUUUAUGUAUAUUUGUAAAUGGAAAUCUUACACCUUUUUUUUACUGCAAAUAAAUGUCACUUUUAUAAAA